UGCGCACUAAAAAUUUUCCGAAUAAACAAACAGAUCCGAGCACAGUUCGUUCGUGAAAAAACACAAAACGGUGACAAUGACUAUUCUGGCGAAAUUGAGGGGCGAACCCAAGGACCAGGAGAAGGUGCCACUUCCCAUGAACCUUAACGAUGAGACUCUGAUGCACCAUGGCUCGCUAAUCGCUCCCAAAGGUGCCUACAAUGACUCAGAGGCCGAUGCCGAGUCGAUGGUCUUCAAUAGGCCGCAGCACCAUUGCCUUAAGUCCUUCUUGCUCUUCCUGAUCGCCAUGGUGGUCAUGAUGAUGGGAGUGCUGGGCGGCUGGACCCUCUACAGGCUGUACGCCCCACCCCAUGCCAAUAUGCGCUAUCACGCUCUUUGCGAGAUUCCAUAUCCCGAGGACUCGAUCGAGAUGCCGCGCUUCUAUCCACGCAGCGACGAUGGCUUCGCCCAGAUCAACUGGCGGGCACUGUUGCCACAGUUCAGUGGCGCAAGCUCCACCGAUGGCACUGGCCUGGACAGACGUUUCGGCGACGAGGAUAACUUCUUCCGCGAGGAGAUCGAGCUGGACAGCAGCGAUGAGGAGGGAUAUGCGAAGAUCGAUGUGCCCGACUUCAAGGACGGUCGCUGUGGACGCUUCAUGCACGACUUCAAGGAGAACCAAUCGGCCAUCAUUGAUACCACCACCAAUCGGUGUUUCAUCAUGCCCCUCGACCGGGAGACCACUCUGCCGCCCACCAGCUUCGUUGAUCUAAUGAAGAAAAUGGGCACCGGAUACUACAACAUUGACACGGAGCGAGUGCGCCGCAAUAUGCGCGUAAUCACACCCCGCAUCACCGAUCUCUCGCUCAUCUCGGAGCGCAUUGCCAACGAGUGCUACGACAUGAAGGUCUACAUGAUGGAGAAGUUCGUCUCUGGCGUGUCCAAGCGGUCGGCAGAUCCACUACCAGAUGCCGGCAAGUAUGCCGCAUUCAUGGGCAAGGGCGUCAUCGAGUACGAUCUGUCCAACAUAGCCGAGGUGGAGGCCUACGAGGCGAGCGAGUCCGCACGGGAGCAAGUGGCCUGAGGAGCUGAGCUGCGAACCGUUUUAAGCUUAAACAACAUAUAAAAUAACACAAACCUAAACAAAUUAUUAAUUAGAAUUGAUUUAUAUAUAACGAAGACCGAUCUGUUUGUAGUCGCCAGUUUGAGGACAAUGCUUAUAAAUCAGGUUAGACAACCAAAAACAGAACCGAACGGAACGGAACAGAACAGAAGAGUGUACAAUAUCCAUUGGCCAAUCGAUGACUCUGCGAGCGCGUAUGAGAGCUCGCAAGAGUUUUUAAGCGAAUCAUAGAGAAGCGAAAGAAAAAUGUACCUAGAACGCAAUCAAAAUGCGAUUGAAGAAAUUGUGACAAAUACGAAAGCAAUGAAUCAGCCAGGCAGUAGGAGAGUGUAAGGCAGGGUGGGGAAAAACACUCCCUAAUCUGUCCUACUCUGGGAGUAUUUAGUCGAAGCGCGACUAGGCAUAAUGCAUACCAUUCCAAGUACAUAUUUUAUAUAGUAUAUGCUCUUUAACUAUCUAACAAUUAAUGUAUAGAACACGAGAGAUCGAUAGCUAUUUACACAUGCACACACAGUACUCGACACGACUCGACAGAUGCAAAAAGAACAGGAUCGAGUUCCGAACAGACAAAAAACUAUCAAAAGAAACAGACAGAAACAAACAGAAAACACUACUCUAAAUGUUCUUUAAAGUAUUUAAAUGUAUUAAACGCGAAUUUGUGAUCUUUAA